AUGAAAUUGUUUGCGUCAUUCGUGGCAAUGCUAGCAGUUCUGGCGCUGUUUAUCAGUGUUAUUGAAGCCAAUCCUAAAGUGAAGGCGGGAUCAGUUGCUAAGAAUGGUCUUCGUGCUGUCAAUGCGGCUGGAAACGUGCACGAUGCUUAUAAGGCUUUGAAGAACAGGAAAAAUCAGGGCUAG